AUGGCUAAGGCACUGGCAUUGAGCAACAGAUCCCGCUACACAGAUGUCUACGAUGAACCCGUAGAUGGUCUUUUGGCACCGAUAAAAGGCUAUCAAGAUAAACUACUUGUUUCGCUAGCGGAGGCUAUUGAGCCGGUUUCUGGAUUUUUCAAUGAAAUCGAAGACAAUAUUCAGGUUGCUUUACACAAUUGCCAAAACCCAGCUGAUGGUUUAGAUCAAGAAGAAUCAGCUUCCAUACAUCUUUAUACAAUGCAGUUUGAUGGUGGGCCUAGUUUAUAUCUUUUACUUAAUCGAUCAUUAAGAGCCGCAAUUCGUGACGAUUUGAAGCCAUGGUUCUUAUAUUUGAAAUUAUUUCUUACUGCUCUUCAUAAACUACCGUCUCAAAGUAGGCGAGUAUGGCGUGGUAUUCGAGGUGUCGAUCUCAGUUCAAAAUACAAAACCGGUAUCAAAUUUGCUUGGUGGGGAGUAAGUUCUUGCACUGCAGAUAUGCAACUGCUCGAAUCUGAACCAUUUUUGGGUAAAACUGGACAGCGUACACUAUUUUCGAUCGAAUGCAUCAAUGGAAAAUCUGUUGAUGCACAUUCAUAUUUCAAGAAAACCGAACAAGAAAUUAUUCUCAUGCCUGGUUCGUAUUUCGAAGUACUAGGCCAAUUGAAUCCUGCAGCUGGCCUUAAUAUCAUUGAAUUAAAAGAAAUUACACCACCGAUGACACUUAUUAAAUCCCCAUUUCCUAAAUUGAACGAACAAAAGGCUUCUUCGGGUGUGCCUAAAUCAAGUGCAUCUUCUUCAUCAACACCGAUGAAAAUAGUGCCAGCAAAAGCUGCCGACAGUGCAUCAAAGAAAAAAUUAUCAGUCGUAUCAGGUAUGAAUGAUUAA